GAGAUUCUAAGUCUACGUGGGGCCAAAGAAUUCCAGGGACGGCCAAGCUCCAGCUCCAGCUCUUUUAAUUUGCUGAUGAGUCUAUAAAUAUUAUGAAGCACGACUUGAAAAAUCUCAAGAAGUAAUUCUCUGAAUCUUUAUCAUAUUUAACUGAACAAGUAGACCAAUAGAGAGAGAGAGAGAGAUCAGAGAGAUGCAGGAGAAGAAGAUGAUAGCUAAAUCCAGGUUCCAAAGGGUUUGCGUUUUCUGUGGGAGCAGUACUGGCAAGAGAAAUUGCUACCGUGAUGCUGCCCUGGAGCUAGGCCAAGAGCUGGUAUCCAGGAGGUUGGAUCUUGUUUAUGGAGGAGGAAGUAUUGGAUUAAUGGGCUUAGUUUCUCAGGAGGUCCACCGCGGUGGUAGGCAUGUUCUUGGAAUCAUCCCCAAGACCUUGAUGAGCAAAGAGAUAACUGGAGAACCUGUUGGAGAGGUCAGGCCAGUAGCCGACAUGCACCAGAGGAAAGCUGAGAUGGCCCGCUACUCUGACUGUUUUAUUGCCCUUCCAGGUGGAUAUGGAACUUUGGAAGAGUUAUUGGAAGUCAUUACGUGGGCCCAGCUAGGAAUCCACGAUAAGCCUGUGGGUUUGCUUAAUGUGGAGGGGUACUACAACUACCUCCUCUCAUUCAUAGACAAAGCGGUGGAUGACGGCUUUAUCAAGCCUUCUCAGCGUCAUAUAAUCGUCUCUGCUCCAAACGCUACAGAACUUGUUCAAAAGCUUGAGGAAUACGUGCCCGUGCAUGAUGGGGUGGUUGCUAAGGCCAAGUGGGAAGCGGAACAAGUGGAACUUAAUACUUCUUUACAGACAAAUAUUGCUCGUUGAUUAGAUAGAUUAUCGGUUACACAUUCUUAUUUUUACAUUCUACCUUUCGUACUCAAACUGAUAUGGUCUUUAAAAUCUUCAUUAGAUUUUAAUUAAAUAAUAAUUUUAAAAAU